UACACAGCAGUGAACCAGGAUGGGGAUGGUCCAGUCGUCAAUGUGAGCUCUGUCCAGGACCGGACGCUGUGUAGGAGUGCCGAGGGGCUUGACCUGUGACCUGUUGACCCUUAAACCUCUGAACUCUGACCGCUCCAGCUCAGGAUGGAGGAGCAGUCCAGCUACCCCAAUGUCAGCAUUCCCUGCUACCCCAAUGUCAGCAUUCCCUGCUACCCCAAUGUCAGCAUUCCCUGCUACAACGAGCAGAGGGACAAGAAGAAGCGCUACACUGUUUACAAAGUGAUGGUCAAUGUAGGAAGACAUGAGUGGUUUGUCUUCAGGCGAUACGCAGAGUUUGACAAGCUCUACAACACAUUGAGGAAACAGUUUCCAUCUUUGAACUUGAAAAUCCCACCCAAGAGAAUAUUUGGGGACAACUUUGACCCAGAGUUUAUCAAGCAAAGAAGAACAGGUUUACAUGAGUUCAUUCAGAGACUGGUCUCACAUCCUCAGCUCAGAAACCAGCCUGAUGUCAGAGCAUUCCUGCAGAUGGACAAAUCUCAAAACUUCUCAGACCCAUUAGAAGAUGACAAGAACGGCUCUACCUCCAGAAAUAUUAACCUGGGACCGUCUGGAAAUCCACAUGCAAAGCCCACAGACUUUGACUUUCUCAAAGUCAUUGGAAAGGGGAGCUUUGGAAAGGUUCUCCUUGCUAAACGGAAACUGGACGGAAAGUAUUACGCAAUCAAGGUCCUGCAGAAAAGUGUAAUCCUCAACAGGAGAGAGCAAAAACACAUCAUGGCGGAGCGCAAUGUGCUACUGAAGAACAUGAAACACCCUUUCCUGGUUGGCUUGCAUUAUUCCUUCCAGACGACUGACAAGUUGUACUUCGUCUUGGAUUUUGUCAACGGGGGAGAACUCUUCUUCCAUCUUCAAAAAGAACAGACCUUUCCGGAACCCAGAGCCAAGUUCUACAUCGCAGAAAUGGCAAGCGCACUGGGCUAUCUGCAUUCUCUUAAUAUAGUUUACAGGGAUUUGAAGCCAGAAAAUAUCCUUCUGGACUCUGAAGGACAUAUAGUUUUGACUGACUUCGGGUUGUGCAAGGAAGGCAUUUCCCAAGCCGAGACGACAAGCACAUUUUGUGGGACACCCGAGUACCUAGCUCCAGAGGUCCUGAGGAAACAACCGUAUGACAACACAGUGGACUGGUGGUGUCUGGGAUCAGUGCUCUAUGAAAUGCUCUUUGGCCUGCCUCCGUUCUACAGCAGAGACACCCAUGAGAUGUAUGACAACAUCCUCCACAAGCCCCUGAUGAUGCGUCCCGGAGCGUCCAACACGGCCUGGUCCCUCCUGCAGGCUCUACUGGAGAAGGACGGCACACACAGACUGGGCUCCAGAGAUGACUUUAAUGAGAUCAAAGCUCACUACUUCUUCUCAGAGAUCAACUGGGAUGACCUGGAACAGAGGAAGGUUCCACCUCCAUUCACUCCCAAUGUGAAUUCUCCUCAUGACAUCACAAACUUUGAUCCAGAAUUCACAGGCGAGACUGUUACGAACUCUGUGUGCUAUACUGAAGAUUCCAUAGUCAACGCCAUCGUGAUGGAGGCUGAUGAUGCCUUCCUAGGUUUCUCCUAUGCACCACCAUCAGAUGACUCCUUUCUAUGAAAGACUCGCUGUGAGGACCAGCCCCAGAGUUCUGUGAAAUUGCCUUAACUCAGUGUUCUUCUAUCAUGGUCCUGUUGAUCCACAGGGUAUGCAGGCUUUUGUUCCAAACCAGUAGAGCUUGUCGAUUAGUUGAAUCAUGUGUGUUAGUGCUGGGCUGGAAGGAAAGCCUGCACACCCUGCUGGUCUCCAGGAUCAGGACUGAAGAACAGUGCCUCAACCUGUCCAGAUUCUUUUGAAUAAAAGGGAAUUCAUACUGUG